AAUACCUUACAUAUAGACACUUGACAUUCAAAUUCCUGGAAUUCAUUUGCAUGCGCGCAUUCCUGCAAGAUCGCAAGCCAGACCCAAACAACUUCUAACUCUAAUUCUAAAUAAGUUCUUGCUGAGAUCAUGAGCAAAAACAAGAUGACGCUGCUACUGCAAACCCCUUCCAGAAAGAGUCGAUCACGAGAUCGUCCUCGACGUACUCCUAGUAGGUCCAUCUUCAACAUAUGCAGCACGUCUUUCGGUCGCAUUGUUCUUGUGGUGAGUAGUCUUGCCUGCGCCACCAUCUUGGGUUACGGUCUGGCUGCCGCGAAAGGAGCAGCAAGAGAGGCAGGCUACUCCCACAACAGAUUUGAGAGCAAGAGUACUUCAUCUAAGUCCAAAAGCAAGGAAAAAAGCAGGAACUACAUCAACAAGAUCAAAGCUGCCGGCCCAGAUGCAGUAUCUUCUGGUAACGCCAAAGAUCAGAGUCGGGCGGGACUGCAGGCUGGUACAACUUCUUCUGAGGCUCCUGACCCUGAUCUUAUAAAAAGCUCUCACUCGUCUGGACGUGUGGAUGCUACGUCGACUACUACUCGCGAUCAUCAUCAUGAGAUGGCAAAAUCGCAGACCUCGUCUCCGACUCUGCCAAGCAGCAAAGGACAGUCCUCUCACUCGUCUGGAGGUGUGGGUGCAACGCUGGCUCCGACACUACUUAUGAUAGAUAGGGGUAUCGAUUCUACUUCAGAGAUAACUAUCGAAAUCGAAUUCGAAUUACUGAUACAUCAACAUAUUCAUAUUUCUUCUAAGAUGAAACAGUGGUCCCACCCUGACACUGAAGAGGCGAACGCGGAGCAAGUGCACCAAGAUCAAAGCAACAUGGUUGAGGAUCAAAGCAUGGCAAGAAUCUUCGCAGAGGAUACUGUCAGGAUACUUCAUAAGAACAAAACGAUGACCAUGACCUUUGAGCGGCCUGUCGGUUUCAAGGGCAUCCACAAUGACGUCGACACUCCCGACUCCCUAGGGCCAGCGUUUUUGAACGAGAGUCUUGUUAUGAAAAUGAAGUAGAAGCAGAAAGUAAGUAAAUACUCGAAAACUGAAAAUAACCGAGUUACUGACUGAAAUAAGAGAGUCUUGACUACAUUCCUCUCCUUUCAGUAUCUCCCUUAUUUUCCCUAGUUACUCGCUUAUUUCAGUUUUGCGAAUAGAUGAAGAGGAACAGUGUGUGUGUUUAAGAUUAGUUCUUCUAACUGCGAGGUUAGUGGAGUUAAAUAACCUACAAUCUAUCUCAUACUCCAUAUUUAGAGGACGACUCGCUGUUACAAAUCAGGACCAGUGAGUCAUACUAGUCAAUUUCCAUUUCCGAGUUUUCAGUCUGUUUUUGAUAUUUCCUGGUAAUGGAAGACGAAGCCAGUUGGGGGUCUAAUCAACGAAAGAGAUUGAUAGGUCUUGUUUCUGCUAGUUUUUCACAAUCUAAAACUUGUGCCGCCGAUCCUGGACCAUCGGACCUUCUGGAAGACCUCCCUCGAGUCAUAUCCUUAGAUUAAGGCAGCUAGAAGCGCAUCGUGCUUCCCGCCCCCUAUUAGGUUCCUUUUUAGAAGUACGAAAUUGGUAUGACUAGAAAUGAAGAGGCUUCGGCGUCUGCAUUGUGAUUAUGCUGCCCGAGAUGGAUUUCUCUUAUCUACGAUCGAAGGCAUCCCUUGUGGGAGUACUCACCUCAGACUUACACUUUAGUUCUAAUGGGAAGCCGCCUCGUCUGCUGUGCCAAUGCGCGUGGAGCUGGAAUCGCUGGCGACCCGAGCAGUAGGCGUGCAACCGAUUCGGCUUCCGAGUUCGCGUAUUUUUUUUCGAAAUUAUUUUCUUCUAGGGCUGAACACAAGGAGUAAAAAGCGAUACGGAUACUUUUUCAUGUGUUAGACUCAUGAACGAGGAUCAUACUGCUGUUGGAAAUUAUGCUCUAAUAUCAAUAUGUAUAUGCUGCAUAGCAUGGGCAGCUAGCGAGGACAUACACAUAUAUAAGAUCCGACCGCAAUGUAAUGAAAAUAUCAACAGGUCCACCAAGCAGAACGGGUCGUGUCGCCGGUGGAGUUGCAGCAGAGCCGCCAUCUGCUUCUAAAAUGUCGCCAUUAUUACUGGCCCAAAACGGACAAGACGCGGAUAACGCUGCUGCUGUAGCUUUGUCCUUGCCAAUUACAGCACUACAACAUCUUUCCUCCACUCGUGGAGAUGGAGAUAAGAAGAGCAGAAGAGCGCUGCUGGACUACCAGCUCGAUGACGAUUCUGACGAGAAUAGGCUGGCUUCGAGGACUGAACUGCAUCGCUACUUGACCAACAUCUUCCAGCCUCAGGGGUCUCUAAAUCCGUGUUUGAGUAACUGGGCGCUGCAACAGCUGCAGGGAGAGUUCUUGAUACGCGUUGCGCAGAGCUUGGACGACUGCUACAGUGCACAGCAGGAAUUAGACGCGUCAAGCUCGAGUCUAUCCCUUUCCGAUCUCAUUCAUCGGACGAUCGUCGACGUUUCUCAUUUAAGGGGGGCGAGUCAUUCGUUCUUUGCUAUAGACUAGCACGAUAAGGAUGAGGCCCGUCUCACUUAUUUUGCAUGCGUCCGAGACGUCGGGGGGAACGGCGCUGGGGCCGAGGCUUGGGAUGGCACAAGCCUGCGCAGGCAUGCGCGGCCAAAAGGCACCACAGCUCCGCAGAGGCGCGCCAGAAGUGGCCGGACCGAAGGCCCCUCCAGUGCGGCACCCUUCGUCCUGCGCGCUUGCCUUGGAUGGGCUGGCUCCUCUAGCAUUGGGAGGGCCCCAACUACUCCGCGUGGCUACGUAUUGCGCGCGCUGUCUCUCGGGUUUCCGCCAUGGUUUUGCUUGGUGGUGCUUUUGCUGGUGCUUGUCGUUGUCUUCGGUGCACACCGCGGCCUGGUUGUUCUUUUCUUUCUGCGGUGUUAUUGGCUUCGGGGAUGACUUUGAGGAGGCUACGCGCUCCGGUUUUCUUUGGCAGGUGGAGACCAACAGCGGGCGCCGCUUUGUUCCUCUGCUGACUUCUUGCGCCAAGAAGGGCAGAAACAGCCCGCCAACAGCCUCCCGGAACCGCGGCGGGCCCCGUGCUUUCGUCUUGUCAGUCGCUCUUUGGCUUGUUUGUCGUAAUCGUUGCGCACAUUGCUACGGAGUACCGCUCUCUCCCGAGUGCGCUGCCUUCUUUGCGUGUGGUAGGGCGCUUGUUCGAUUACAUUGCCCGCGCCCAUCCGUGUGCGGCGGCUGGUUGUUUUUAUCUCACCCCGCCCCCCCCGCUCCCACGCUGACGCCGCCGACCAAACAGCCCGGCCUGGCCAGUUCUAUGUUUUUGUAGCGGAAGCUGAAACAGAGAGUGGCGAAUGCCAGCGGGGUGAAUGGCUACACAUCCGCAGGUGCUUGGAAGGUCGUUGGUGCGCGGUGUCUCAUCUCGGUACGUAGGGGGGAAGCGCGACACCCGCCUCAAAAGCCCCGCCAAAUAAGGGGGCGCCGGUGGGGCAGGGGCUUUCGUGUUGCAUUCGCAGAAUGGAGGCCCCUGGCCUCUUUGUUUGGGGCCCGCCUCCAGUUCGUUUGUCGCCGGCUUUCUGCUUGUUUGGCCUCUUACUUGGGGCCUCGGGUCCUGGGUUGCGCCCUCCAGCUGUCUGGCCUUGCUACCUUCGUGGGGGGUGCAGAUAAUUUAUUCAUUGCCGCUGGAUGAAGGCCAUCUCUCUUUCGCACCCAUCCGAUCCGCCUUGAAAGAGAGAAGUGAGUCCAACCACGUAGGAAUAACUCACCUGAAGGCUGUGCCUGUAGCGUCCUCGACUAGCUAGCCUUCUUCUAAUUUCUGAACUCGUCCACGCUUUGCAGCUUUUCGAGGAGGAGGACAAUUACGAGCAAUCGGCGCAUGGAGCACCGGCAGCCUUAUCAUCUUCUGGUCUUGCUGACUUCUACGUCUACGACGAGGAAAUGAAUAGGUGCAUAAACUCUAUAGCAGAAGAGCGACAAGAAUCAACAGGGGCUGCUUCAAGCACAGCAGGAACCGAUGGGACCGCACUAGCUUCUACUAGUUCUUCUACCAACAAGAAUAGUACUGGUAGCUACCUCUUUAUUUCUUCAAAUAUGGAGGGGUCGACUUCAUCAUCAUCUUAUUCAGAUCACACGCCUGAAACUGCCAUGACACACCUGAAAGUGCCUCUAGUCCGAGAAGAAGAAGUUGUAGCGCACGAUCCCACGGCAAAACACGGAGUAAAAAUGAUCAAAGCGAAGAACCAAAUGCCUGACGAAGACGGGCCUCUGUCAGAUGCAGAGCGCAACCAGACAAAGACAGCACAGGAAAUGACGCAGACGAGAAAACAGAGAAAGAGUCUCUUUUAUGGUUGGGCCUAUUGCUAUCGCUAUAAUGCAAUUUUUAGAGUUUGAGUUAUGAAUGCCACUCGAACACGAACUAUUUUGGGAUGAUGUUCAGGACUGCUUCCUCCAACACUUCUAGGCUGAUAUUAAUUAAAUUGAAAUAGAGAUGAUUUGUUCUUUAAAUUACCUCUCUUCUUUCCUUCCCCCUUAAUAUACCUUUUCGUCCCGUCGAAUCCCCUAAAAAAUUCUUCAUGUAGAGUAGUUCCUCUUCUGUGUUCGUUCCCUCUUCUUCCCAAGCAAUACUUAGGGAAAGCCGAAAGCCGAAAGCUUCUCAACCUCAUCAGCAAGCUCGUUAAAUCAAUGCGUCACACUCUUUGGACUUAAAGUUAAUUAAAUUAUAAUUUUCAAUUUCAUUGCGUACAACCUAUGCGUAAUAUCUACGCUUUCGCUAGACUAGUGAAGAUGCUUCAACUUGUUACAAGAGUCUUGUAUUGUUUAGCCUAUUCAUCUAAGUUUUUCGCUUUCUCUGGCAGACCAUCGCUGUGCGAGGUUUUGCCUUUACCCGGAGAAUGACCGUGGAUGCGGUGACGGACGCAUUGGAGUGGGCAGUGCAACCCCAUUUAUCUUAAGAAGACUUGUAGUUGUGAGAGUGGGAGGUCGUUGCACAGUAGUUUUAAAUAAUGAGGUCUAGUUCUUUUUCUUUCUAAAAAAAGCAUUUUUCUUGUAGUUCGUUCAUGAUAUUUUUAUUGUGUUUCGUGAAUAUGUUCGUCGUAACGUAUGGACAACAAGCAAUGUUUUUUUUAUCCAUAACGUGGACUAAGUAUUGCAUUGAUGAAGAUCUCGGGCAGAAUUGUGUUCCACAUGAUAUGCUUCUAUUUCUAAUGGUUAUUUUUUGUCGAAAACAGUGUGUCAGGACCUCUGCUGGAUUGGUUGUUGCGCAAUGAGCUGAUCGAAAUGGACGCGAGGAUACCACCAAAUAUGUUGCCAAAUAGUGACGUUAUGGUAGUUACUGGUGACAAGCCUCGAUCUUGUAUAGCUUUACACCAUCUAAGUACUUUUAGUUUUAGAAGUCAUGAGUGGCUCCGGUAUUUGGUAACCUGAAUUCGAUCACAAGGAUUUUCUUCUUGUUUUCCCUUAUGAUCAACCUCAGGCUACCGAAUACCAGAACAAUUCGAGUCAGUUCCUUCUUUGAACAAGUACUUAUAGCUGAAAGAUGUUCUACCAGAUGGGCUGUCAGUAUCUCUAAUGAAGGCGAACAAGAGGAGCCUUCUCCUAGGAGUGCGUCGAGUGAAACAAAUGUUGUAAGUGAAUUAAUCUUCUCUGCUGGAUCCGUCCAACAUGUUGAUCUUCUUCAUGCAAAUGAUCCCUACUACACCUACAGCAACAACUUCUUGCGUGGAAAACAGAACGAAAACUUUCACCUGUAUGAAACGCAAAUCUGUUAUCAUUAUCUUCAAGUUUUUUAUUUUGAAAAGUGUGUUGAAGAUAGAUAAUGAUAAUAGAUUUUGGUUCUUCAUAACCUGACAGCGUCUUCAAGACGCCGUGGAGCAGCCUCUUCUUCGACUGCGCCGCUUCCUAGUUGUGCAACUCCUCAGGAUAAUUGGUACCAUGAAAAUGCAAACAUGCAGCUGCACUCGGAUAUUCUGCAGGCUUUUUCUGCAUGUCCAUCAACACAACAUCCGAGUGCGCUAUUGAUGAACGCACUGAAGGAAAAUCUAGGAUUAACGCAACAUCAACAAGGUCAACAACGUCAAGAUCCAAUGCCUCAACAACGGCUCUCUUCAUCUAAGAGUGUUGAUACGCUUUCUCCUAUUGCGCGUGCACUUCUACAGCACCAGGAGGAGCCUCUUUCUUCGACCAACAGUAUCUUCAUGCCUACUCUUCCUGCAGCAGCAGCAGCACUAGUACGUCAACAAGUUUCAUCCGCAAGCUACAACACCAACAGGAUACCUACUUCUCCUGCAGGAGCCACUCCGAAACACUUGUUACAAGUUCCCGUACAACAGAUUUCAUCUUCCGAUGAAGAUACUACUAGUACUCCUUAUCCUGUACUACAACAGAUUUCAUCUACUUAUGUCGUGCUGCCAGGAAUCUUCGUGCCCGGUUCUUAUUUAGCCAGUCCAGGAGUCGCUGUUGCGCCAAAUCCAUAUUCUUCUGCGACGUCUCGACAUGAUCAUGGUCUACAGCAUGAUCAUGAUCUACAGGAGGAUUCUGAAUGGACGAUUGAAGAUAAUGCACUUUUUACAGGCGUUGGGAGAAAGGCAAGAACAAGUGCAGCACAAGCACAAGGGGGAAGAAACUACAAGAACUUCAAGAACCCUCUUCAUAGUAGACCAACUAGAACUACUCAACAACUACAAGCUCAACAUGAAAAUGCCAAAAAGAGUAGAGGAGAAAUAACAGGAAGACGAGGUACUAGUACAACUGCUGGCCGACCCCGUGUUCUUCCAGAGGAGCAUCAAAAUUCGUCUACCACUCCAGCAGAAGUUGUAGUUUAAGGGUUCCCGUCUUAAUUCUUCAUCAUCUAAAAAGGUAGAGGCACCAACCUACUUUCUUCGCACGUUUUCUUCAAGGGGCUGAAGCAUCCUGUGUUUAGCUAAAUUAACAGCUAAUCUACUUUCUCUUCUUUUAACCUCGCCUCUUCUUCUUCGCUGAACGAGUGUUGAGCGUGAGUGAGCACACUACAGCUGUCGCCCGCAACCUCCUGGUGCUGUACUUGCUCAAAGAUCAGGGACAACGACGGACAACAUCUCUCCUAUAUAUUUUUUUCGUAUCUGCCCUGUUGGUGCACUCCCAACUGUGUGACAGCUACGAGACGGGAUAGGGUAAGUCUGCACCUUCAUGUGUGCGACGACAACCUGGGGCCUCUCCUCCUGGACCCACUAAUAGAUUACCCUACAACUUGGGUUACGCUGGUGCUAGAGAAGAGACGAGUCGUUGUUUCGUAGUCGUAAUUCUGGAUUAGUCGCUCUCGUCCUCCGUCGCUGAGACUACCGCUCUCUCAUACCUAAUUUAAUACAUGAACUAAAUGUUUGACUUGUUUUAAAUAUGUUAAACCGUCACCAAUCCAAAUUAUAGGCUUUAUUUUUGAAGAAAGAGAUAAAAAAGAUGGCUGAACCUGGUACGUCCAGGGUGUGACAUUUCAUACCUAACAAGGGAGAUUGUCGCCGCGUUCAUAACCAGAUAGACUGGAGAGUAACCAGUAACCUACGUUUCGUUCGUUGUUGUUGUUCCGAGGAGAGUAACCUCUACUGGUAGUGGUCAUAUAGCGUCAACUUAGCGCUUUUCGUCUUAGUAGUGUGACAAGAUGUUUGCCAACAUACAAGAUACUAGGCCUUCCAAGGUUAUUGCAUCUUUCUGGGAUAGAAACAACAUGAUGGUAGAGCUGUGUGACGUUGGGGGCUUCAAACUGUGCACAAGUCAUCAGUAUAACAAUUCGCACAGUAGGCCAUUGGUUAGAAAUCAACGGGCUCAGCAAGGACAUUAGUUAAAGAUCAACGGGCUCAACAAGGACUGAGACGUGAUACGAGGCGAGUCAGAUCCUUCGCAGAUUUUGAAUCCAGACAAUUGCUUGAUGAGCAACGUGCUCGACAAGGACAUUGGUUGCGAUCAACGUGCUCAACAAGCUCCGAGGCGUCAUAGGAGGUGACGUCGACCGCUAGUAACCCGCCAUCCAGACUUGCGGCUCCGAAGUACGUUGCACUUGGGCCGGUGUUGCCCAAAGUGAACAACAAGAACUCAGCCGCCAGACAGGAAUGCAGCUCCGUAACCCUUUAACCCCAACCCCCACCAAGGGGCUCCCGUAGAUAGACUGUAGGAUGUUUUUUCAAGACUGCCUAGCACGGGCUGCUCUUAGUUGUUUCUAGACUCUCGUUUUUGAAUUUGUCAUUGUGCAACCCUUCACUGUUGGGCAUGCGUUGCAUGUGCCAACGAAUCUUGCAUACUCCAGGCGAGGAGCAGAUUCUAGAUACAGGCCUCCCUACCAAAACAACUUCUAGCAAAAAAUAUUUUUUAUUAGCUAAUUUAGCUAAACUAAGCGUCCUCGUUCUACACGGUGCAAGAGAGUAACUUGCAUUGUUAUCACUUCUUUUUAUUCAGAUGGCUUACAAGGUAAUACAGGUUGCUCUAGGCGAUUAGGUUAACAAUAAGUUCGGUGAGAUCUUCGAUGCCGCGCUCGCAUAGCGAGCUUCGUAUACUCGGUUGAAACUUUCGUUGAGAUAAACUCGCGUUUUUUCGUAUGAUUCCUCCUUCGCCGUCGGUCUACUUCAUGCUUUCGUGGUACUCUUGGUCUGUGUUGAUUUCGAUUCUGUCUCGAUGUCCUCCCAUAGCGCGAGAUCUAGGUGUGAUACGACUACGAGAGUGAGGACGAGUGCGCUCGAUGCUUUCGCUUUUGCUCUUACCUCUUAAAUAACUAGUGGCUAGUCAUGGCCUGGCUCGCGUCGGGCCAUCAGUGCCUUUUUAACGUACGUUGAUGCGGCUGGCUCUAGGUUCUAGCAUGGUGAACCGGUACCCUUGGACUUGUUAGAACAGGCGAACUAGAGCUGGUGCGAGCACCUACCUCCCCUAGUCUCCUUUCGCCAAUCGGAGCUGGGAGGUGGGACGCCAGGGGCUGAAGCAUCCUGUGUUUAGCUAAAUUAACAGCUAAUUUACUUUCUCUUCUUUUAACCUCGCCUCUUCUUCUUCGCUGAACGAGUGUUGAGCGUGAGUGAGCACACUACAGCUGUCGCCCGCAACCUCCUGGUGCUGUACUUGCUCAAAGAUCAGGGACAACGACGGACAACAUCUCUCCUAUAUAUUCAAGGGGAAAACAAAACACAAAAACACAAAACACGACAAAAUCAAAAACACUUUCAAGAUGAGUCAACUUCUCAGGUCGUAACUAAGGUCUAAAAUAGUGAGCACAGAACUCGCAACGUCCCCGUCCGAGAUUGUAUGACAAGAACGCAAUUGUGCCGUUACUUCGAGAAAGGUAAGUGCGAUCGAGCAGAUACUUGUAAAUUUGCGCAUGGUCUGGAGCAAUUGGCACCGAGGCCGAACUACAACAAUUAUGCUCUUGUAUACUGGAGAGUAGAAACCUACUUUGAUGUGCAGGAUUCACAACCUAACCGAAAACUACCUGUCUGCUGGAGCUAGUAGUAAAGUUUUUUCAUACUUCUAUAUAUAACAUAGUCGUGAUGACUGAGCCUGAAGCUAGUAUUUAGUAAAGUUUUUUCAUACUAUGACAGACAUAGCGUCGACGAUACUAGUAAAGUUUUUUCAUACUAUAACAUAGUGAUGACUGAAGCUAGUAUUUUUUAGUGAAGUUUUUUCAUACUAUCUAUGACAUAGUCGUGAUGAUACUAGUAAAGUUUUUUCAUACUAUGUACUUAUUAUAGCAUAGUGAUCAUGACUUUGACUGAUGAAGAAAGUAAAACUGAUUCUUUUAUUGAGUGGAUGUAUAUAUAAUAGAUGAAGGCUCGGUAGUACGAAGAUGAAGCAAAUUGUAGAACUACAUGCAUUUUGCAUAAUUUUUGAGAUAAUUACAUGUAGCAGCCAAAAGGCUCAAAGGGGUACUACAAAGUCUAGUCUCAACAUAAGUAAUUUUAAACCCAUACAUAAAUGCAUUCUAAUUUUGAUAACUACAAAUAUCACGUACACCACCAGGCUCCUGUGGCUGCUCAUCUUCAAAGUUCAAAACUCGUCUAAGAAACAACCGCUUUAUGCAAGAAUUUUGAGGCCACUGGUAUUUGUGUGGCUGGCGACAAGUGCACCUUCGCCCACGGACUGGCGGAGCUGCGCCGUAGGGUGCAUCAGCAUCACGUCGUCGAUUCCUUGUUGACUGAUAGUAUGGGAGUCGUGUCACACUCACGGGAUAGUAGAGAUCACGUCGAGGACCGGACUGAUAGCAUGGGCGGAGUGUCAACACGGGACAACACCCUCACCCAAUCGAAUGCCUUGCUUCGACGGCCACAUGAUAGGAAUAGAGCUAGCACUAGUCAGAGACCGACGAGUCUGAGCCUUCAACGACUCGUUCCAGCAACACCAGAUGGCCAAGUACUAGAAAAUCUAGAGCAGCAGAACCCUGGUGUCGCUUCCUCUAGUCGUGCUGGGCACGUCGCUUCCGACGAGCCAAGGGGACGAAUCCAAGCGCAGCGAUCAAAGCAGAUGAGAGCGUGA